UAGCCCUCCAACACACUUCAAGCAUGAAACUGUCUUCCUUCUUCAACAUACGACCUCUGGCCCCUUCUCUUUUCCCCUUUAUUCUUAACAGCCGCAUACAAACUUUAUCCACCAUUACGGUUCCAGAAACAAUGAAGAUUGAAAAGUCGAUAAGAACCCAAACCGACGUCGGACUUAGGAUGAUGAAGCCGCUGUUUCUCAAUGAAGGCAAAAAGAGUAAUAUAGUAUACUCACCACUGUCUAUCCACGUUGUAUUGAGCCUGAUAGCAGUCGGUACAAACGAUCAAACCGAGGAAGAGUUGCUUUUUUUCCUCAAGUCCCAGUCCACCGCCCACCUCAACUUGCUUGCCUCUAAAAUGGUCCCUCUGGUUUUUGCUGACGGAUCACCUAGUGACAGGACAAUUUUGUCCUUUGCCAAUAGACACUGGGUUGACAAGUCGACCCCUCUCAAGCCUUUUUUCAAAAAGGUGGUGUACAGGUUUUACAAGGCAGCUCAAAAGGAAGUCGAUUUCCAAACCAAGGCUAAACAAGCGAGAAUUGAAUUGAAUUCAUGGGCCGAAAAGAAGACUAAGGACAUUAAUAAAGAGAUUCUUCCUUUUCAGUCAGUUGACAACUUAACAAGGCUCAUCUUUGCGAAUGCAUUGUACUUCAAAGGAGUUUGGGAUGACAAGUUUGAUGCAUCAGAAACUAAAGAGUAUGACUUCAACCGUAUCAAUGGCAAAUCGUCAGUUAAGGUGCCCUUCAUGACCAACUAUAAGAAUCAAUAUUUAGAAGCCUUUGACUGCUUCAAAGUCUUAAAGCUCAACUAUGAAAAAGGUGAAAAUGAGGAGUGGCAUUUCUCCAUGUGCGUUUUUCUUCCAGAUGAAAAAGAUGGGCUGCCAACUUUGGUUGAUAGAGUUUGUUCUGAACUUGGUUUCUUAAAUCGUCAUCUUCCACGCCAGAAAGUUAAAAUGGGUGACUUUAGAAUUCCAAAGUUUAAUAUAGCUUUUGGUUUUGAAGCUUCCACGAUUCUCAAGGAUUUAGGACCAGUACUGUCUUUCCAUGUUGAUCUAUAUAAAGGAGGUAAUUUGAUAGAGAUGGUUAAUUCACCUCUGGGUGAGACUCCUUCUAUUUUUGGUGUACUCCAUAAAUCCUUCAUUGAAGUUAAUGAAGAAGGAACAGAAGCUGCCGUUGUUACUGCCAUUGAGAUAAUAGUUGAGGCACUUCAUCCUUAUCAUCCUCCAAAGAUGAUAGACUUUGUGGCAAAUCACCUGUUCUUGUUUUUCCUCAGAGAGGAAACGAAUGGAGCAGUGUUGUUCAUUGGGCAGGUGCUCAAUCUGCUCGAAGGCUGAUUGUUACCGGAGUGGUUAGUUUAAAUCAGGUCUGUUCCAUUAAGUUUACUAGAUGAAAUAGUUAGGGCAAACUUCUAGAUUGCUAUAUAAUUUGGUUGUAGUUUAAUUCCUUAACAUGCAUAGUUAGCAUGCAUAAAGCGACCUAAUUUCUCAAGUAUGAAACUAAUUCAAUCCUAAAUUUUAUUUUUUUGAGUUUGUAAACUCUCUGCAUUCGUAUCAAACUCUGUAUAAUUUCUACCAAAAUGUUUUGAACUUCUUGCAAGAAGUGGCCUCCACAAUGUUGUCACAAAGAUAGACGAAGUAGAAGCCCCAAAAGUCCUUGAUGACGGUUAAAGCACUCACGUCUCAAGAGUAUAAAUGGAACACAACUGUAAUUUCCUAACAGCAGAAACCAAAUGUUGUAUUCCUCUGUGAUUUGGCUGCAAAAACAGGCCAAAAAAUUUGUCGUUGUCCCUCGUCUCUGGCCUCUCUCUGUCUCUUUCUAACACCCGAAGUCGCCCAACAGCCAACUGACCAACUCCGUCUCCCGAAUAAAAUGCAAAGUAUGUAAUAAUCCUUAAUUCAACAAUGAAAAUCCCCAAAUUUUAAGGAUUGUAUGUCUACUUGCACCAGAGAAAUCUUCAUGCAAGGUUUGUAGUCUUUACUUGCUAAGGUUCGUGAAGAGGAUUUUAGAACCAGAUGCUUACAAACUUUUUGGACGAAAAUUAGAGUCGCAGAAGAAGAUGAAAGAGGAAGUUCAAGUGAGUAAGUCGUUUCUUUAUAAAAUUGCAGUGUGUUAAUGGAAUUACGAUUUAAUUAACAUUUUUGAGGGAAUUUUUGACAUAACUAAAAUGUCACUAGUACUAUGAUCUACUAGUCUAGUGGGAUUCCCCCUCACUUAUAAGUGAUACGUUUUUUUUUUUUUUUUUUUUUUUUUUUGAACAAACUAUAGUAUCUCCAAUAAUGGUGUGGGAGUGAGCUAAGCCAAUAUAGGCUAGUAAUAAUGUGGUUCAAAUUUGUUUUUGGCGAGAAUCGAACCUAAAACCAUAGUACUAAGUGGCAUUGUAAGUGAGAGGUCUUAUGUGACGACCCGUCCUAAAUUAUUAUAUAUAUUCUCCCCUAGUGUGUAAAGUGACGAUAUUGCACUCGUUGGCUUAGUGACGUGGAUGGACAUAUGUAGUUUUAAAUUAUUUCCUCACCGUUGUAAUUAAAUCGUACUCGACGUCACGAACUCGUUGACACAAGUUAGGGUCGAAUCAGAUUCAUAACAAAAAUGUUACGAUUAUUUGAAUAUGUAAAUGGGUAGAAAUAUUUUAGGGUUGAGUACACCUAUCACAUAUUCACCAAUCACAAUAGUUAUGAUGUUCUUGAGCCCAAUCAGAUUUUUGGG